GCUUGCAUGGGUUCAUACAAAAUUAAUUUAGGGCACGGGAAUUGCAGAGAGAAGACUCCCCCAGUCCAUAUUCAUAGUGAAUUAAUCCCUAGUCCCUAUAAGAGUCCAUAUUCAUUGUGAAUUGUUUAUCUUCUUCAUCCUUUAUAUAUUCACAUAAUGGUUCAGUCAGUUUGAGAAGUAGUCAAUCAAAACGAAAAGUUCUUUUUUUUUUCUUGCAUUUCUUGUUGAUUGCCCAUAAUGAAUACUCAGAAGAUUGAUGUCCAAAAACAGAAAACUGGAUCAGUCAACUGUUAUUCUGGAAAAGGUAGUACUUUUUCCCGGCAGCCAUGGAAGAUGGAACUUUGUUUCCAGCCUGAUCAGUUUCCGGCCUCGGAGGGAGGCUCCCCCAAGCAGAUGAUCAACUUGGGGAAUACUGCUAAUAUGUCCACCACCAUUGCUGGCCAUUUCGGGUCUCCAGCAGCUUCAGCCUUCUAUGCAACUGAAGUCUAUAUGGGGUUUCCAGAAUGUGAUUCCUAUCCUGUUGAUUCAGAAACCCUAUCAUAUCCAUCCUCUAACCUUGAUCCGGCAAGUUCUCAAUCAAGGGAUACUCAGAACAUCCCCAGCUGUCUUGAGAAGUCCUUUGGAACCCCAUACCGAAAUUCACCGGUUUGUGACAUCUUGUUCAUCAAGUCUGAGGUUGAAGAUGAGCACCCCUACAGAAUUCUCCGGGAAAAUCAGAAUCAAAGAAUUCCCUAUCAGCUUGUGGAACCCAGCCCUAGAUUUCAACUAAGGAGGCAGUCUGCAAAUCCUUCUCAUGGUACUUACUCUGUUGCUUCAGGCAAUUCUUCUUCACCGGCUGCAGCAGCCUCAAACAAGUCGCGGAUUAGAUGGACUCAUGAUCUUCACAAGCGAUUUGUUGAGUCUGUAAAUCGUCUGGGGGGAGCUGAAAAGGCAACUCCAAAGGGAAUCCUUAGGCUGAUGGGCUCUGAGGGAGUGACCAUCUUCCAAAUCAAAAGUCACUUGCAGAAGUAUCCUAUUGCAAGGCACCUGCCAGGAUCAACAGAAGAAAAAUCCGAGAAGGGAACUUGUGCAGAUUUCAUAACAAAGUUUGACCCCGAAACAGGCGCAAGGAUAGCAGAAGCACUGCGACUGCAACUAGAAGUCCAGACGCGUCUCCAUGAACAAUUAGAGAUUCAAAGAAAUUUACAGCUGCAGAUUGAAGAACAAGGGAAGCAGCUGAAGAAGAUGCUGGACAGCAACAGAAUCCAAAUAAGGCCCUGAUUGAACCCCUUUGACUUGCAUGCCAUAUAGUAAGAUAAGUUGUGAUGUAAAAGGCUUUACAAAUCACCCCAUUUGCCUGCCAGUAUUCACAUUGAUCAUUUUGUUUCUAAGUCCAUCCACAUUUAACACAUAAUUUGUUAUGUUAGUGGAAGUUUUAAUGUAAAUAAUGUUAGUUCAAUGACACAAAAAUAAACAAUUCACACAAAGGUA